AUGGAAAGCCCUACAGUCAAAACACCAACAGCUACGAACAGCAAUACGACAAAGGAAUCGAAACCCAAGGUGCGACGAGUACGAGCAACAUCCAAUCGAUCCGAUAGUGGAGCCAAGGAUAAGACAAUCAAGAUCAAGCUCACCACAAAAGACAGCACCAAUGGACACCAGCCAACAAUGAGUGGUUCAGAAGAUGAGGACGAGCCUGAGCCAGCAACUGAGGAGCACUUGAUUCUACGGCUACCAAAAGGUCCAAUGUGUGACAAGCUCCAUGAGUAUGUAAAGAAGCGAGAGAUCCCUGACGAUGUCAAGUUACACUUCAAAGAUAGCCGACGAGGAUACUUUCAUAUGGAUGGCAAAAAGUAUGAUACCACUUUGGUCGAUUUACCCACUAUCAUCGAGUCCCAAAAGACGCUGGAUAACAAGCAAUUCUACAAGAUUGCCGAUAUUUGUCAGAUGCUUGUUGUAGAUGAUGGUAGCAGCAAAGAGGAACCACAGCCGCUUCAACAUCGAUCCACCGACCCAUACACAUUUGACCAUGGCAUCACCCCACCACUCAAACAUGUUCGACGGAGGCGAUUCAGACAAAAGCUAUCGAAGCGAGCUAUCGAAGAAGUGGAACGAGAAGUGGAAAGGCUAUUAGAAGUGGAUGCAACGGCAGAAGAUGUACAAUAUGAGGUGUUUGACAACCGGGAGAUGGAAAUGGAAUCCGAUGCUGCUACGCAAGAUAUCGACAUUGACAGUGAAAGUGAAAGCGACGAGGAUCUUGCUGCUGCUAUCGAUCGUGAUUUGGAAGAACUUGAAGAAGAAGACCGUGAAGAUGAUAACGAGGAUGAAGACGAAGAUGAAGAUGAGAGUGAUGAAGAUGAGGACGAGGAUGAAACUGGUAACACGGGUGAAAUUGAACAAAAGAAGCAGGAGAUUGCCGAAAUCAAACAAGCAAUUCAACGAAAGACGGCCGAUUUGCUCACUGCUCCCAAUGCUAUGCUCAAGAAACGUUUCGAGGGUACUGUGGAGACGCUCAAGAAGGAGUUGGCUCUCAAAGAAGCUUAUCUUGCAGAAAUGAGCAAAUCAGAAAUGAACAACAAACAACAACAAUAA